AUGGCUGACUCCUCUGACUCCAUUUCCUCUCUUGAAAAAAAGCUUGAACAAAUUCUCCUUGCCCAAGCCAACUUCUCUAAUACCCUCCAUGACAUCGCUGCACGCACCUCCUUCAUGGAAUCCAAAAUCACCUCACCACCCCCCCCACCACGCCCCAUCAAGUUUGACCUCCCAUCCUUUAACGGUGAAGACGCACUAGGCUGGAUUUUCAAAAUAACGCAGUUCUUUGAUUUCCACAUGACACCACCGGACCAGAGAACACAAAUUGCUUCCUUCUAUCUUGAAGGUCCAGCACUUGCAUGGUACCAGUGGAUGCACAAGAACGGUCUCCUCACGUCAUGGGAUGCCUUUCUUCGCGCCUUGGAACUGCGUUUCGCACCAUCAAAGUUUGAGGAUCCAAUCGCUGCCCUGUGCAAGCUUUCCCAGGUCCACUCUCUCACCGCUUACAUCUCAGAAUUUGAAUCCAUUGCUAACCGCAUUUCCGGUUACCCCGCAAGCUUCUAUCUCAGUUGUUUCAUCUCUGGCCUCAAGCCCCAUCUCCGCCGAGAGGUCACUGCCUUACAACCCACCGACAUGCCACAAGCGGUUGCAUUCGCUAAACUCCACGAUGAUAAGUCUAAACUUCAACCAUUCCCAUUCUCUAACUUUCCCAGACCACCACCUUCCUCACCGAUGACUAAACCACUUCCUCCACUCCUUCCUACACCAACCACCAAACUUCCCAUUAAACGUCUUACGGAGACUGAAAUGCAGGCUCGUCGGGAUAAGAAUUUGUGUUACAACUGUGAUGAACGAUAUACACGUGGCCAUCGUUGUAAGACUCAAUUCCUUCUCCUUGUCGGGACUGAUCAAUCUGACGACAUUGAUCUUCUCCUUGACAUUGAUCCGGAGCCUGACCCAUUGGCUGACCCACCUCUGGAAGCGGGUUUGAUUAGCCUUCAUUCUUUUUCGGGUCAAUGGACCCCGCGAACCUUCAGAACUACUGGGUCCAUCAAUGGCUACGAGGUUCAGAUUAUGGUUGAUAGUGGUGCUACACAUAAUUUUAUCCAAACUAAGGUGGCCCAGUUCUUAAAUCUCCACUUGGAGCCCACACCUUGUCCAUUAAGAGUAAUGGUUGGCAAUGGAGAUUUUUUGCCCUGCACCACCUUCUGCCCUAAAAUUCCCAUCACUAUUGCUGACCUACAAUUCCCCAUUGACCUCUACCCCUUGGACCUCUCGGGCACUGAUAUUGUCCUUGGUGUUCACUGGCUCACACAGAUCAGCCCAUUCACCAUGGAUUAUAAUGGGCCUUUCAUAAGAUUUAUGUGGGAAAACAAGAUGGUGGAACUUAACGGAGACCAAGGACCGAAUCCCACUCCAAUAUCCGCCCAUCAAUUAAAACGCCUGCAACACACCAAUAGAGUGGAAGCCCUUUUCCAACUCAUUCUAGAACCAAACCCCAGUCUCCACUUUUUUUCCAUUUCCUCAACACCUUCUUCUGACGCACCUCUACUUCCUUCAACCUCUAUCCCACCGUUACAAACAUUAAUCACCACAUACUCGUUCCUUUUCUCCACCCCUUCCACCCUCCCACCAUCCCGCUACACUGACCAUUCCAUCACCUUAUUACCAAACACUUCACCCAUCUCGGUUAGACCAUACCGAUACCCCCACUUCCAAAAGCAAGAAAUUGAGUUACAAGUACAGAAAAUGUUGGAUUCAGGAUUCAUCACCCCAAGCACCAGUCCUUAUUCUUCCCCGGUUUUGCUUGUUAAAAAGAAAGAUGGAACGUGGCGCUUCUGCGUUGAUUAUCGAAUUUUUUAUAAAUGA